AUGAAACUUUUGAUCGUCGUCGCCAUCCUCGCCUCCGUCAUCCUUGCUGUCAGGUUGGAAGUUUUCCUAUUUUUACAGAGUAUCACAAAGCUUUGAAAAAAUUUCUUUCUUUUUUGAAAACUCUUGAAGAAGGUUCAGUUGCCAUGAAAGACAAUUUGAUCUUUUUCAAAGCCUAAAACAUCCAAAGAAACAAUACUUUCAGUUUAUUUUAAAUACAUCAUGUAAAAAAAACUUUUGAGGAAGAUUUUCAGAUUGUAGAAAAAAAGGCUUCCAUUGAACCAAAGUUGGGUUCUAUAGCCUAUUCUUAGUUUCUGCAAGUGGACUGGAAACUAUAUUUCGUGUAGUCCCAAUCUGAAAAUGAUCAUCGCAAAUUUUAUGAAGAGACUAUUAAGCUGAAAAUGUGCUCUCAGAUCUUUCUCAAUUUUUUUUUAGGUCAUGAUUGGCUAGCUUCUUUUUUUUCACUACAAUCACCAUUUCAAAGGCAUCUUAAGCCCGAACUUUAAAAUUCCAGCUUCAUAGAAUCAUUUCUAAUUCUUCAAAUUGAAAAAAAAGCUAAUUUUAAUCAUUUACAGCGCCUUCCCAGCUCGUGAAAAGAGACAGUGGGGUGGACCUGGAUUCGGCGGCGGUUACGGUGGUGGCUACGGUCCAAGAUACGGUUACGGUGGCUACGGACCAAGAUACGGUGGCUGGGGACCGAGAUACGGCGGAUUCGGUCGUGGACGACCAACGGUCAUCGAAAAGACCGUCAUCAUCCGGCCUGGAAUUUAA